ACGACGAUCCCAUUCUUGUCCCGCAGGCAGCAUUCCGGGUGGAGAGGGAGCGAGAGAAAGAGAAAGGCGGACGAGGUUCCAGGCCGAACACGGCGCAUUUUAGACCGAGAAACGCGAGCCAAAGGUCCGGAGCAGCCGCGGCGCGUGGGCGGGAUAUGGGUUCUCCAGGGCAGGUCCCGGGACACGACCUGACGCUCUAAGCUAGCCCUCUCCAUCAUCCAUCUGCUCGCUGCUCGCCAACACCGCCCCUCCUGCCCCUGCUGGAGUGGUUCGGCCCAGACUGGAAGGAAAAAAAAGCCUCCCGAGUGGGAGGGAGUAGUAAACUAUCCCCAGCUGCUGUCCAGACACACACAUGCUGCAUUGCCGCCAUUCCCCAAGCCCGGCUCCAUCCAUCCCCAGGGCUCGGCCACAAGCUCGCUAGGCACAAGUCCUCUCCUCGGGGGUUAAAAAUACAAGCCGACUGAGUACACUGUCCUUCUUCCUCUCCCCCCCAUUCCGCCCCUUUUCCAGGUCACCCAGACAGACCCUCAUUAACUGCUCUCAGCAGUGGGCCGUUGCUAGCAGCCGGCCGCUCGUUCGGACAGGGGGGCCGAGGAAGUGGGCGGUCAUCAGAAGCCAGGACGAUGGAGCCCAGCAUGGAGAGCUGCCUGGCCCAGGUCCUGCAGAAGGACAUGGGCCGCCGGCUGCAGGUGGGCCAGGAGAUCAUUGACUACUUCCUGGACGAGGAGAAGUCCCACGACUUGGAGCAGGAUCAGACCGCACUGGACAAGAUGGUGGACGGCAUCGGCAGCUCCUGGAUCAACUCCAGCAACUUCAAGGUGGCUCUGCUCGGCUUGGACCUCCUAUCCGCCUUAGUGACGAGGCUCCAGGAGCGGUUCAGGGCCCACGUGGGAACCGUCCUGCCCAGCCUCAUUGAUCGAUUGGGAGACGCUAAAGACCAAGUGAGAGACCAAGACCAAACCGUGCUGCUGAAGAUCAUGGAACAAGCUGCCAGCCCGCAGUACGUGUGGGACAGGAUGCUGGGGGGCUUCAAGCACAAGAACAACAGGACCAGAGAAGGAGUGUGCCUUUGUCUCAUCGCCACGCUGAGCACGUACGGGGCUCAAGGCCUCACCCUCAGUAAGAUUGUGCCCCACAUAUGUAACCUCCUGGGGGACCCCACGAGUCAGGUAGGCCUGUCGCAAUAUGACAUGUCCCCACAGCAUCGGGCAGACGCUGACAACUGCACCCAGACAGGAGGGCGACCCUCUGGACGAUUGCGUCUCUUUUGUCCUCCGCCUGUCGCCUGUGUGUCCUUGGCCGAUGGUGGUGUCUGUGAUGAAUGCCGUGUCACAUGCCGCUGCCGCUUGCCGAGCUGCUUGUGCAUCUCGUGUCUCGGGGGGGGGGGGCUUCAUGCAUGGCAGCCAAAACAGAUUAGGAUGUCCGAUGGAUGGAUAAGGGUCAGAGAGGAUGCCGAUAAGAACUUUGAGGACGAGGACUCUGUGGACGGAGGCCGGUCCUCCUCCUCGACGUCCUCUAAAGCGCCCCCGAGUGGCAGGAGGCCGGUAGUGACCUCUGCUCGACGACCCAGCUCAGCCACCACGACCAAGGCCACAGCUAAAGAAGCAGCGGCCGGAGCUGUUGAUGAAGAGGAUUUUAUUAAAACCUUUGAAGACGUGCCCCCAGUGCAGAUCUACUCCAACCGAGAGCUGGAGGACCAGCUGGGCAAGAUCAGAGAAGUGCUGUCUGACGACAAACACGACUGGGAGCACCGCGUGGUCGCUCUGAAGAAGGUGCGUUCUCUCCUGCUGGCCGGGGCGACUGAGUACGAGGGUUUCCCUCAGCAGCUGCGCCUCCUGGAGGCUCCCCUCAAGCUGUCGGCCAAAGACCUGCGCUCUCAGGUGGUCCGAGAGGCCUGCAUCACUCUGGGGCAUCUGUCAUCCAUACUGGGGAACAAGUUUGACCACGGAGCGGAGAGCAUCAUGCCCACCCUGCUCAACCUCGUGCCCAACAGUGCCAAAGUCAUGGCCACGUCCGGAGUGGCCACCAUCCGCCUCAUCCUCAGGCGCACUCACUACCCUCGGCUCAUCCCCAUCAUCACCAGCAACUGCGCCUCCAAAUCAGUGGCAGUCAGGCGACGCUGCUUUGAGUUCUUAGACCUCAUGCUACUCGAGUGGCACACUAAUACACUGGAAAGACACGUGGCUGUUCUGACGGAGACCAUCAAGAAAGGCAUACACGAUGCCGACUCCGAGGCCAGAUCCAUCGCCAGAAAGUGCUAUUGGGGUUUCCAUGGUCACUACAGCCGGGAGGCGGAGCAUCUGUUCCAGGCGCUGGAGUCCACCUAUCAGAAGGCCCUCCAGUCUCACCUCAAGGGCUCUGACAGCAUCGUGUCUCUGCCGCAGUCCGACCGCUCGUCCUCGUCCUCCCAGGAGAGUCUGAACCGUCCGUUCUCUGUGAAGAGUGUCAUUGGAGGGAGCAUCACAAGGAGUAAGCUGGUGAGCAGCAGGGCGGCGACCACGUCGGGUUCCCUCCAGCGCUCCCGCAGUGACGUCGAUGUGAACGCCGCCUCCAGCGCCAAGUCCCGCGUGUCCACCGCUCCUGCCUCCUCGCCCUUCAGCUCUGCGGCCGCCCUCCCCCCCGGGUCCUACGCCUCCUUAGGUCGCGUUCGGACCAGGAGACAGAGCUCGGGCAGCGUGGGCGGAGCCAGCCCCUCAGUGGUGGACAGCAGGGGGCGGAGCCGAGCCAAAGUGGUCUCUCAGUCCCAGCGAUCCAGAUCAGCCAAUCCCAUCAAUGCCGGCAGCCGCUCCAGCUCCCCGGGCAAGCUGCUCGGCCACGGCAGCUACGGCCGGAUCCCUCGAGCCACGCUGUCGGCCUCCACCACGCCAGCCGAGAAGCGCACCAGGAUCCCUCGCAGCCAGGGCUGCAGCCGCGAGACCAGCCCCAGCCGGCUGGGUCUCGCCAGCCUGUGUGGUAAAGCUCUUCUUCCUGCUGCUCUUCCCUACCGCACGCUAACCCGGAGCCCCAUCCCCCGGCCCAGCAUGAGUCAGGGGGGCAGUCGCGACACCAGUUGCGAAAGCAGCCGCGACACCAGCCCCGCUCGGGGCUUCGCUCCUCUGGAUCGAUACGGUUUGAUCCACCAAGCAAGGAUCUCGGCUUCGGUCAACGCCAUGAGGGUCCUGAACACGGGCACAGAGGUGGAGGCAGCAGUUGCUGAUGCUCUGCUGUUAGGAGACUCCAGGAAUAAGAGGAAGCCGUUGAGGCGGCGGUACGAGUCGCCCGGCAUGUACUCUGACGACGACGCCAACAGCGACGCCUCCAGCGCCUGCUCAGAGCGCUCGUACGGCUCCAGGAACGGAGGCAUCCCCCAUUACCUGCGGCAGACGGAGGACGUGGCGGAGGUCCUCAACCACUGCGCCAGCUCCAACUGGUCCGAGCGGAAGGAGGGCCUGCUGGGCCUGCAGAAUCUCUUCAAGAGCCAAAGGAUACUGAGCCGAGUGGAGCUGAAGAGACUUUGUGAGAUCUUCACCAGGAUGUUUGCAGAUCCACACAGCAAGAGAGUGUUCAGCAUGUUCCUGGAGACUCUGGUGGACUUUGUCACAGUACACAGGGAAGACCUGCAGGACUGGCUCUUUGUGCUGCUCACUCAGCUGCUGAAGAAGAUGGGGGCCGAUCUGCUGGGCUCAGUGCAGGCCAAAGUCCAGAAGGCUCUGGAUAUCACCAGGGAGUCCUUCCCUUUUGACCAACAGUUCAACAUUCUGAUGAGGUUCAUCGUGGAUCAGACUCAGACCCCCAACCUGAAGGUGAAGGUGGCCAUCCUGAAGUACAUUGAGUUGCUGGCUCGGCACAUGGACCCCACGGACUUUGUGAACUCCAGCGAGACGCGCCUGGCUGUAUCUCGCAUCAUCACCUGGACCACUGAGCCCAAAAGCUCCGACGUCAGGAAGGCCGCCCAGGUGGUGCUCAUCUCUUUGUUCGAGCUCAACACCCCGGAGUUCACCAUGCUGCUGGGAGCCCUCCCCAAAACCUUCCAGGACGGGGCCACCAAGCUGCUGCACAACCACCUCAAGAACUCCAGCAACACCAGCGGCGGCGGCGGCGGCGUGGGGUCUCCUGGCAACACCAUUGGCCGGACGGCAACGCGCCACGCCCCCAGCAGAACCAGCCCGCUCACCUCUCCGACAAACUGUUCCCACGGAGGACUGUCUCCAAGCAUGACGGAGUACGACACGGAGAACAUGAACUCGGAGGAGAUCUACAGCUCUCUGCGCGGCGUCACCGAGGCCAUCCAGAGCUUCAGCUACCGCAGCCAGGAGGACCUGAACGAGCCGGGCCGCCAGGAGGGCAAGAGGGACGACGGCGCGGGAAGAGAGGGCGUGGCCUCCUCCCUGGGCUCCGACGCCCGCCUCGGCGUGGACGCUGUGGACGGGGGCCGCACCGCCCUGGACAACAAGACCUCGCUGCUCAACACGCCGUCGGCCCGCUCCUUCUCGGGGCCGCGGGGCAGGGAGUUCGCUCCCUACGGCCACGGAGACGCCAUCUGCCCGUACGACAAGAGCGCCAUGAAGGAGGCGGUGUUCGACGACGACGUGGAGCAGUUCAGAGACGGCCGACGUCAGGAAAGUGGUGAAAACAAGAUGACGCUCCCCAAGGUCUUUGCUCCCGCGAUCGGUCACGACCACUCGGACCUGGUGGCCGACCUGCUCAAGGAACUGUCCAAUCACAACGAGCGAUCCGAGGAGCGGAAAGGCGCCCUGGUGGAGCUGCUGAAGAUCACGCGGGAGGACAGCCUGGCCGUGUGGGACGAACACUUCAAAACCAUCCUGCUGCUCCUGCUGGAGACGCUGGGGGACAAAGACCACACCGUCCGAGCGCUGGCCCUGCGUCUGCUGAAGGAGAUCCUGAGGAACCAGCCGGCCCGCUUCAAAAACUAUGCUGAGUUGACCAUCAUGAAGACCCUGGAGGCUCACAAAGACUCUCACAAAGAGGUGGUGCGUGCGGCCGAGGAGGCGGCCUCCACCCUGGCCGGCUCCAUCCACCCGGAGCAGUGCAUCAAGGUGCUGUGUCCCAUCGUGCAGACAGCCGACUACCCCAUCAACCUGGCCGCCAUCAAGAUGCAAACCAAAGUGAUUGAACGCAUCGCCAAGGACUCCUUAUUGCAGCUGCUGCCCGACAUCAUCCCCGGACUCCUGCAGGGCUAUGACAACACAGAGAGCAGCGUUCGCAAGGCCAGCGUGUUCUGUCUGGUGGCGAUCUACUCUGUGAUUGGCGAGGAUCUCAAACCCCACCUGGCACUGCUCACGGGCAGCAAGAUGAAGUUACUGAACCUGUACAUCAAGCGAGCGCAGACCACCAACAGCAACAGCAGCAGCUCCUCGGACGUCUCCUCCCACAGCUGAUGGAGGACGUCUCCGUCUCCCAGCUCCCCUACACCCCAGUUUC